UCGUCCCUCGCAGCCAUGAAGGUCGUACUCAGCCUCGCCGCCCUCGUGCUGGUCGUCUCCGCCCAGCGCCAGCCGCCCAGCGAGGCGUUGGAGGCCGCAUGCGGCACCCUCGAGCGAAGGGAAUGUCUCUCCCGCGUGCGCCGCUGCGUCAACCUCCGCCGCGGCUCCGAGGACGCCCAGGCCAACAGGGACACCAUCCUGGCCUGCGCCCGCGAGAACAACAUCAGGCCCCUCCAGAUCGCGGCCGCCCUGAGGGCUGCGGGCGGCAAGGAGGAGAUCUUCGACAAGCUGGACGCGUCCCAGGAAACCAUCGACAACAUGCGCAUCUGCGUCCUGCAGUCCAAGGGCCUGGCAGACGAAAACGGCAACAUCAACGGUGAGCUGAUGAGCGCGCAGAUUGAAGAGAAAUUGCGCGCCAAUUUGGAGGGCUCUCCCGACGUCCUGGACGUCAUGUUGAACGCACUUGCAAGCUGCACCCUUCCGGCCACUGUUUCGGACGUGCCCGACUUCCGCAAGUGCCUGUCCACGGACUGCAUCCAGAACCUCCCGUCCGGGAACUGAGGAGGAGGAGGAGGCCCGUCGCCUUCGGCCGACCUUCCGUUUUCUUUCUCCUUCGCUUUAUCGGUCCUUUUAGCUUCCUGAUUCCUUUCGUUGUUUUGAGUUCGGUUAUCUUUCGUUACGGCACUGUUGAAAAUAAAUGUUUAAAAUUAUAAAUCUAA